AUCACAGACCAACAAAAUUUCUGAUUCAUAUUACGGAACAUUUAUUUAUUUAUUCUCAAACUGCCUAUAUUUUUUCAACAUUACAAUAUAUAAAAUGGCUGAUCCUAAAUAUGAAAAUCUGCCCGGCAUUGCCUAUGACCAACGCGAUGUUUAUGAAACUGAUGAUCUGCCGGAAGCCGAUCAGCCGGAGCCUUAUGAGGAGGAGGAGAACGAGUGUAUCGAACAAUUGCACUUAUCGGUCAAGGAUUCUUUCAAUAAAUUCAAAGGGAAGUUCCUUACUGGGCCUGUAGAUUUUUCAGAUAAAUUGAGCAGAAAAUCUCGAAUUGGUUACAGAGUUGGUGAAUGGGAGCUAGCAGCUGAAGGUGACCCGGAGACUCCACUACAAAGAUACAAUAGACUUAGAUGUGAGUUUUCUGAACUCCUCGAAGAUGUCACUGACCAACAAAACAAAGCUGGCGAUAGUGAAAAGGAAGAGUUCUCCAAGUUGGCCGUACAAAUCAACACAACGAAGAAACUUCUGGAAGAAUUGAAACUUGAAGAAGGAGAACAAAUUGACCCUAAGGCCGAGAAACUAAAGGAGUACCUGUCGUCGAACGGCAGGAAGAAGCAGGGUGAGCUGAUCACGGCGCAGCUGAAGUUGAAGCCUGAAAUAAGCCUCGCGCAGACCACAAGGGUUGCUCAACUCGAGCACAGAUUACACAAAUUAGAGCAGGCUGCCGGCGUGAGGGAUGAGGAGGCGUUCCGACGACUCCAAGCUGCCACUGGACAGGCGACGCUGGCGGGCGCGGCGUGUCGUCUGGCGGCGCAGGCGGGCGCGCUGCGGGCGGGCGAGGUGGCGGCGGCGGACGCGCGGGUGGGCGCGCUGCUGGCCAACGUGCACGCGCUCCGGGCCGCACUCACGCCCGCCGACCCGCAACUCGACGAGAAGGUUAACGAAUUGUACAAAUUGGUGAAGCAAAUUGAAGGCAUUUCACAUUCGGAAAUAAUUGAAAGGAUGGAAGCGCUAGAGGCUCUGCAUCAUCAAGCCAGUAACUUCGGGAAGUCGCUGACUGAGCUCGAGUCGCUGCAGAGCAGCAUCGCGGGCGGCGUCCACAAGAACCGGGAGCUCCUGCAGAGCGUCCAAGAAGUGUUCGCGCUGAACGUGAACAGCCUCAACAAGGAGAUACGGAAACUGGACGAGAGGAUCUCGAAAUUGGCGCAGGCUUCGUAACGAGACGGAGUUUUGUAAAUACCUUCUUACUUCACGCGAUAAUUACUGUGGACGCUGGAACCCUGCAACCACGCUCGCUUUGUUUCAACGCUGGAGCUAUUGCGGCUUGGCGUGCUACUGAACUCGACAACGAUCUGAAAUCAAGUCCUGAAGAUGAAGAGUCUGACGAGCUGAUCAGCAUUGACCCUCGUCUUGGAGUUUACGGUGACCGACCUUUAUAAAAC